ACUGUUGCUGUUGAACAUUGACCCACUUGCAACACCAAGGAAGCUUAGCCACCAGUAUGUCCAAGUAUAAACUUGUUAUGUUAAGACACGGGGAGGGUGCUUGGAAUAAGGAGAACCGCUUUUGCAGCUGGGUGGACAAGAAACUUAACAGUGAAGGAAUGGAGGAAGCUCGGAAUUGUGGGAAGCAACUCAAGGAGCUAAACUUUGAGUUUGACCUUGUGUUCACAUCCAUCCUGAAUCGGUCCAUCCACACAGCCUGGCUGAUCCUGGAGGAGCUGGGGCAGGAGUGGGUUCCUGUGGAAAGCUCCUGGCGUCUAAAUGAGCGCCACUAUGGAGCCUUGAUUGGUCUCAAUAGGGAACAAAUGGCUUUGAAUCAUGGUGAAGAACAGGUGAGGAUCUGGAGAAGAAGCUACAGUGUGACCCCACCUCCCAUCGAGGAAUCUCAUCCUUACUAUCUCGAGAUCUACAAUGACCGGAGGUAUAAAACGUGUGACGUGCCUGUGGAUCAGCUGCCAAGAUGUGAAAGCUUAAAAGAUGUUUUGGAGAGACUCCUUCCCUACUGGAAUGAAAGGAUUGCUCCAGAAGUAUUAAGUGGCAAAACCAUUCUGAUAUCUGCUCAUGGAAAUACCAGUAGAGCACUCCUGAAGCAUCUGGAAGGUACCAUCUUCAUGCUUCUACUUAGAGAUUGCUGUUAUAAUUAG